AUGGCGAGGUCAACUGCUGGUACCAGCGGACGGCCUUCCAUUCUGCUACUCUUAACCCUGGUGGCCAGCAUCAGACCCGGACAAGCAUUUGACUCAAUCGGUCUUCUUCCCAGAUCAGAUACAUGUCCUUCUACAUAUACUCGCUGCAGCAGUACGAAACUCCCAAAUGACUUCUGUUGUCCUUCAGGCUCCACCUGCAUCAGUCUAGACGAGGCAAGCUCCGCCAUCUGCUGUCCUGCCGGUGAAGUCUGUGACUACAUAACGCCGAUUACAUGUGACAUCCAGCGACAAAAUGCCACCCUCUAUCCCGAGAGUGCCAUCAAGACACUGCGUCUGAGCGACAGUCUUCCCAAGUGCGGCGAUGCGUGCUGCCCAUUCGGCUACAGCUGUCAAGGCGGCAACACCUGUGCUCUGAUUGAAAAGGCAUCGACAACAUCAACAGCCACUGGAUCUGGCUCCUCUACCUCCACGACAUCGCCAUCUACAACGACAACCGGCGGCUCUACGACUCCGCUGACAACAAUCACGCCCGUGUCAUCGUCAUCAUCCGAAAAAUCCACACUUCCCACUGCGUCCGCAGGUCACCUCGCCACCUCAUGUCCCUCCUUCCCAGGCGGCGCUGUGGCAGCAGGAUUCUUCCCAGGAGCCGUUUUUGGAGCUGUCGCUGCUCUCUUAAUAUCUCUCUGUCUCAGACGCCGUGCUCGCAAAAACGAGACUGAAAUCCAAGAGGGCAGAUCCAGGCCUCACUGGUCUCAACGCUCUUCAUCAGGGACAUUAUUGGGCAUAUCAAACCCCAUCCCUCAAGAUGAUACUUCCUACCGUACCGACUUUCUCCGCAGCCCGCCGCGAGCCAGACGCUCUUCGAUGGGAGGACGUUCCACUCGUUCGAUGAUCCACCGCACCGGCACCAGAGUGCGAAGUCUGUUCUCCGGAUAUCCAAGGCAGGAUCCAAGACUAGAUGGGGAUAUACCGCCGGUUCCCAUGCCACCGGACCCAAUUACUCCGCCGCGGCAGCGUCAGCAGAGCACGGAAAGCAUCAAGGUGUAUUCGCCGCCUGGGGUGUAUUCACAGUCUCGUAAUGCCCUGGGGCCUGAGCCAUACCCGAGGACUGCGGCCAGACCUGAGACUACAUUUUCCGACUUGAUGAAUGUCGCUGGAAUUCCCCAGGGCAGAAAGGGGGCCCCCUAUCCGACUGGUGAGGAAUUCCGAGAAAAUCCGUUCAGGGAUCCUGGACGUUAA